UAGCCUUAGGAAUCACAUGAGAAUUCACAGUGGAGAGAAACCAUACACGUGUCAACAGUGUGGAAAGAGUUUUACAUCUUCAAGUGACCUUACGAGACAUGUGAAAAUUCACAGUGGAGAGAAACCACAUGCGUGCCAUGAGUGUGGAAAGACUUUUACAUCUGCAUGUAACCUUAAGAAACACAUGAGGACUCACACUGGAGAGAAACCGUUCACAUGUCUUCAGUGUGGAAACGGUUUCACAACAAAAGCCAACCUUGAGACUCACAUGAGACUUCACACUGGAGAGAAACCUUACACAUGUCUUCAGUGUGGAAAGAGUUUCAAAAGAAAAGCUAACAUUGAGCUUCACAUGCGACUUCACACCGGAGAGAAACCUUACACAUGUACUCAGUGUGCAAAGAGUUUCAGAGAUAGAAGUAACCUUGAGAUUCACAUGAGACUUCACACUGGAGAGAAACCUUACACAUGUACUCAGUGUGCAAAGAGUUUCACAACAAAAGCUAACCUUGAGACUCACAUGAGAGUUCACACUGGAGAGAAACCUUACACAUGUCCUCAGUGUGCAAAGAGUUUCACAACAAAAGCUAACCUUGAGACUCACAUGAGAGUUCACACUGGAGAGAAACCUUACACAUGUCCUCAGUGUGCAAAGAGUUUCACAACAAAAGCUAACCUUGAGACUCACAUGAGAGUUCACACUGGAGAGAAACCUUACACAUGUCCUCAGUGCGCAAAGAGUUUCACAACAAAAGCUCACCUUGAGACUCACAUGAGACUUCAAACUGGAGAGAAACCGUUUGCAUGUCCUCAUUGUGGAAAGAGUUUCAGAAGAAAAGAUAGCCUUGAAAUUCACAUGAGACUUCACACUGGAGAGAAACCUUUUGCAUGUCCUCAUUGUGGAAAGAGUUUUAUGUGGAAAUCAAGUCUUAGAAAUCACCAGCGCUUACAUUCUGAAGAAAAGACAUUCAACUCUUCUAUGGAAGUGAAAGAGGAGAGUCAAGCUGAAGUGGAUGAGAAACAUCAGAUUGUAAAAAUAAACCAUAAUGUUUCACCGAAAGAAACUCUGAAGACAGAAGACAUAAAGUGUGAAAAUAGUUUCAGUGAAGAUGAACGCCCUGCAGAUCACAAGAGGACUCACAGUGAGGAGAAACCUUUCACAUGUCAACAGUGUGGAAAGAGUUUCAGAAGAAAAGAUAACCUUAAAACACACAUGAGGAUUCACACAGGAGAGAAACCUUUCACAUGUCAACAGUGUGGAAAGAGUUUCAGAAGAAAAGAUAACCUUAAAGCACACAUGAGGAUUCACAGCGAAAAUAAAAGACACCCAUGCCAUCAGUGUGGAAAGAGUUUCACCUCUCAAUCGAGCUUUAACCGGCACAGGAAAACUCACAGUGGGGAAAAGCUUUCCAGAUACAAUUAAACUUAAGAUACACAUGAUGAUUCACACAGGAGAGAAACCAUUCACGUGUCAUCUGUGUGGAAGGAGUUUCAUAAAAAAAUGUGACCUUAAUGUACACCUAAGAAUUCACACUGGAGAGAAACCA